UGCUAGCUCACUGUUCACGUCCGAGUUUGGUACGUGGCAAGUCAGAUGGAUAGUGUGAUAUAUACCGGCUAGGAUAUCGAUGGCCGAAGUAAGAGUGGACAUAUCGGGGACUAGUCCUGUCAAGCCAGCUGGCGCCAAGAAGAAAACGGUGAAGUUCGUAGCCAGCUCAAAGAAGUUCAAAGUGAUAGAUAAGCCGCCGUCAGCACUGGGCCUUCCCAAGAUCACUGAUGACGUUACACCCCAAUUAGGGGACAGAGUUGCUUUUGAUAUCAAUAACGAUGAAACCGUCAUUCCCACGUCGACAGAUUGGCCCUCAUUGAAGACUGAAGAAGUUGAUCGUGUUAACUUCAGUGUCAGUGCACACUGCGCUUCGACAGAUCCAAGUGACAAGGAAGACGAACCCAAGACCAGCAGUUUGACCGACCUGAGUUCCUCUAGUGCGUUUUCUGUACGAGUCCGGCGCGCAUCUCAACCGUCCAGGACCAAGCUGAGUCCGGCCGCACUGAAGGCUCGCUGUGUCCGCCGGAGGCUGAACAGGUUGUCCGGAGGGGAUCUGUUCCACCUCUACACCAGGCGGUUUAUGAACACCUUCCUCAGGAGACAACCUCCGAGGCAGGACGGGAACAUCAUCAGCACGAAACCUGACACACAGACAGGGGGAAAAUCUGAUGCGUGUACUGCCAUCCCCUCCGGAGUUCCAGGAACUACCGCGAUGGAGAAUUCCGGCGAUACGUCUCAAGAAGAGAUGAAGCAGAGUCUUGACACUCCUGAGGAAAGUUCUAAAGAGUUACCAGCGGUGUUCACAGAGGUAGACGACGAAAUCCAGUUCCGAAGCGAUCGUGUUGAUCCAUCUCAAGGCUUGGUAGAACUGGACAACUGUUAGAUGUACUAUAUCACAUAUAAUAUAUUACACAAUGUCGUCGCACCCGAAUGGUCGUCGUUCAACUACAUAUCGUCACUAUAACCAGUAAUGACACAGACAUAUCGUCACGUGUGGUAACUGGCGGGGACACAAGUUCUUGAAUAAAACACAGGUCUUCCCUGCCAACCAACUUACCAAAUAACUCUGUAGUGGAACGUCAACUUCG